AUGAAACGAAAGCAUCCUUGUUCGGAAUCCAAAGAGGAUCCAAUGUUUCAAACACAAAGUUUAAAUCCACGAUCACCAAAAACUCAGAAUACACUAAAGCGCAAACAACAACCUCAUAGACCCACCAAACGAAAAGAAUUCUUAGCUUUAAAUUUUAAAAUCUUUGAUAUCGAUGAAAUUGUUGCCAUGAUUUUACAAUUUAUGACCACCACCGAUUAUUUUGUUUGUUUGAGAUUUAUCAAUCGGUGUUUUCAUCGAGUCAUUGAGGAAGGAAUAUUAUCUGGAUUAAUAUUCAAGAAUAUUACAUUGGAUUAUUUAUCACCCACUUUAACAUUUGAUUCCGACGAGCAUCAUGAAUUAGUCACCAUUCAACAAAUUCUUGAACAACAACCACGCUCUAAAAAAAGAAAGAAUUCAUAUCCUCUUCCAUCAAAACUAGUUUCAAAAUCGAUUGAAAAAGACAUUUCCUCCUCAAAUGGUCUCCAUUCACAACGAUUACUGGAUAUCAUUUCAAAACAUGCAUUUGCCAUUCAAAGUUGGCACUGUGCGUAUGGUGUACGAGAAAUGACUUGUCACGUCUUUGACCAAUUAAUGGAAAAGUGUAAAAACUUGCAAGAAAUUUGUGUGGAGUCUCCACAAUUGGAAAGUAUCAAGAUUAGUCCGCAAUCACUUCCACACUUACGACAUUUAUCUUUGGUGAUGCGAUCUUUUUCAUUUCAUGAACUCGUACUUGGAGAGGAGAAGACGAGUAGUGUAAAGAAACAAGAAGAGAUUUAUACCUCCAAUUUAAUUUUACCAAAAAAGGAAAUAUCAAAUGUUAGGGAUGAAUUGAAACAACAAGAGUCUUUCUUUGAACAUUUGGCCACUCUUUCCAUCACGAUUCAUCGAUCUGAUGAUUCUUUUAAGACUCUUUUCACACAUUCGAAACUCUUUCCAAAUCUUGUGCAUUUUACAUUUCACACGACUGCUAGCACUUCUUCCACAACAUGGUGGAAUCCAAAUAUACUUCCCAAAUCAACGAAUUUGAUACAUUUAUGGACACCUCGACUUGAAACAGUGUCAUUGCGAGUUAUGAACAAACAUUUCAUAUUUAAUGGACAAGUUGACCAUCACAUGAAAUUGGAUUCGAUGCAACAUGUGUUAAAGUUGACAAAUUUAGAAUAUUUACAAAGCAUGAGUGUUCUACUCUUAUCGAGCAGCCAUGUGGUCAUACCGUCUGUGUUUUUGUAUCAUUGUCCAAAUUUAAUUCAUGUGAAUUUACCAAUGGGACACAAUAGAUUGUGUCCCAUUACGAAAUUCAUGUUGAGUCACUUGAAAGAGAUUGAGUUGGAUGUUGCAGAAAUGAUUCAUGAUGAACUCGAGGAUGGCUCAACAUUGACAUGGAUGUCUAUGAUUCGAGAGGAGGCAAAUCUCCCUUCUCUGCAACAUCUUCGUUUGUAUUCUUCAUCUGAGGCGACCAUUCAGAGUUUAGAAUUGAAAGGAUUUAAACAGUUGCGAUCCCUCACGAUCGAGUUGGAGAACAUUGACUUGACAGUGAAGAAUAUGAAGAAACUUAGAGAAGUUAAUAUUUCGUGUAAGGAUCUAAAGCUGCAUCUUUACAAAUGCAAACGAAUUACUGAGAAGGUAUUGGAUCAAAUUUUGGACAACUCUAAAAUUUCAUCUUUAACCAUUAGCAAAUGUUCAGAGUUGCGGCGAAUUGAUCUGUCAAAAAACAGUCACAACAGAUAUUUGAGACAUUUUAAUAUAAAUAAGUGUCCAAACUUGGAAUGGCUAUGUUGUGAUUCGACAAGAACAGUGAUGAGUGGAGAAGUAAAGAAUUGCACGAACCUCAAGUACAUUAAGGCAACACAGUUCUCGAUUAACACUUCACCCACUCGAUACUGCAAUAAGAUGCUGCUCGUCACCAAUGCACAUCCAAAACUUGAAAUAAUUUCAGAUUUCUGGAUUGAGAAAUAA